UCUGUUUAUUCAGCAAAACAAAAAAGUUAAAAUGGACUCUCGAUCUCUAAGCUUUUUACCUCUCCUGGUGCUCUUAACAGUGUCAAUUCUCACCUGUACUAGAGCUGAGGGUGAUGUAGACUCUGUGAAUGUUGAUCUGAACCAAAUAUGUGACAAUGGGGAGUUUGGUGUGGAGAAGGAUCUACGACCAGACACCAACUGGAAGUGUCACGACUCGAGCCUUAUCAAGCAAUCAUAUAUGAAACCCUCUCCAGUACCAACCUGCAGCGAUACCACACACUAUAGCCCGACAUUCAAAUGCAUAGAUGACCCCCUGAUCUACUCGGAGCACCCCCCACUCGUGGGGGACUAUAGACCAGUAGCCCCCCAGUAUGGGGAGUACAAAUACCUACCCCCUCAGAGGUGGCUACAUGCUCUCAGACUUGGAGCAGUUGCUUUCCUGUACCAUCCGUGCACCCCGCAAGAGCAGGUGACCACCCUCAGAGACUUGGCUCACUCCUGUCUCUGGAAGCACGUCAUCACCCCUUACCCACACUUAUCGGAGGAUAAACCAUUGGCACUGGUGUCGUGGGGGUGUAUCUAUCGUAUGGAGUGGGUGGAGUCUCACUUGGUGAGGGCGUGGCUGGAACAGAACGCUCUGAAAACUGACGAGAGUUUAGACUACAGCAUUGGAACUUACAGUAAAGGUUUGGUACUGGAAUCAGACCACAACCUCCCUCCCAAUAUUGUGUGCCCAGACGUACGUGCCCCCUCUCCUGAGACCACACCCCAUAACAGUGACAUCAGCACACAAAGUCCGCCAUGCUCCAAUAACUCCAUACCCUCAGGUGACGUCAACAAACCCACCCCCGUCUGCAACAAACCCACUACUGUAAUAGUACUCGAAUCUUCUCGUCAAAGAUUAACAGUUUUGCUGGCUCUGGUAGUAGUCAUUCUGCUGCUAGCAAUGCUACUAGUUAUAUGGAGACUCUGGGUGUCCUGCAGCUUUAAAGGGAAGCAGAAAGGGAAGUAUAAAUCAGUGAGCAAGUAUUUCCCGGUGGCUUUGGGAAAAAGCGGCAGUGGAAUGGCCAUUCCUGAGAUGGGAAUGCCCAAAGAUGGUUUGGCCGAGCGGGAAAAAUUAUUGGACGAAUCAGAUGAAGAUGAGCUGUAACUGUUCUUAUGCUGGCGGAGCUGUUUAGCUAUUUGUCUUGAUUUGUUUCUUGUUUUUUAAGUUCACUGAUUUCACCAAUUUAGUUACGUCACGUACCGUAAUCUGUUCCCAAUAAACCCUUCAUAAUUAUAACGUUUUGUAACAGUACGUAUAAUAAUUAUAUAUACAUGCAUGUCUUCAUCAGAAUAA